UGGGCCCUGAGAAGCUGGAAUCCCCUGAGCAAGCAGUGUUUCAGCUGGCUGGACAGAUCAAAUAACACCAGCGCUGGUUAACAAAAGACGCGCUAGCGGGACGGUGUUGGAAGCCGGAGUGUGGAAAUUUACCCAACGUUAUUUCUUUGACAGGGAAGGAGACUCGGUCUGAGAGAUGCCGCGUCCCUGCAGCCUCUCGGAGCCCAGCAGCGCACAGUCUCAUCCGACGUGGCAUGGGUGAGGGCGUGACAGAGAAUGCUGCCCCCACGGAGGCCUCCAGAGGAGCCUGGCCUGGAAGCUGAGCUCCCCUCGGACUUGGGACUCCAGGUGUAACUUGGUGUAGCGCUCAUGGAAGGUGCUGGGGUGUCUCCAGCUUCUUCACUGAUGCUCCCCAGGCUGCUUUGGGUUGCAGAAUCUAAGGUGAGCUGGUAGAAAGCGGAGCUGGCAAAGGUAAAAAGAAGCCCCUAGAAGCCUCCAGAAUCCAUUGUCGGGAUCCCUUCAUUCUGCCCGGGACACAGGGAACAGCCACCAAGCUGCCAGAGGCUGUGAUCAACUGAGCUUCGGACCAUCCGUCAGUAAAGGAACACAGCUCGACAAAAGCAUUUCAGCCCGAAGGAACUUCUUUUAACAAAGGAGUCAAAGGGAGAGUUUCUGCAUCUUUGUGGUCCAUUAUGACAGAAAACUUGACGCUCCCAUAGAUGAUGAGACUAGUUUCUCUUUCCAAGAUGCUACAUUUGAAAGCAGCAUGAGCCAUUCUAAGUGUGGAGCAGGGCUCAGGAGAUGCAGGAGUUGGUGGACAGCCCUCCCAGUGCAGGAUAAGAAAACAGCAUGAGCCUCCAACUUCUGCAGCUCAGCAAGCAUGGACAUGUGCCACUCUCGUCUCCAGGGAGCUGGUGGCAGUGACAUCACCACGAGAAAAAGCAUCCCUCAGCUUUGGAACUUGACAGAAUGAGGUGUGCUGGGGAAGCCACUAGCUGGGACUUGGCCUUUCCUGACUGCCCCUUCAUCACACGGGCAUCCCCUGACCACCACUGAGCCAACAAUGGCCGAGAAGGGGGACUGCAUUGCCAGUGUCUACGGGUAUGACCUCGGUGGGCGCUUCAUUGACUUGCAACCCCUGGGCUUUGGCGUUAAUGGGCUGGUGCUGUCGGCCACGGACAGCAGGACCUGCAGGAAGGUGGCCGUGAAGAAGAUCACCCUGAGCGACGCCCGCAGCAUGAAGCACGCACUCCGGGAGAUCAAGAUCAUCCGUCGCCUGGACCACGACAACAUCGUGAAGGUGCACGAGGUGCUGGGGCCCAAGGGCACCAACCUGCAGGGCGAGCUGUUCAAGUUCAGCGUGGCCUACAUUGUGCAGGAGUACAUGGAGACCGACCUGGCCCGCCUGCUGGAGCAGGGCACACUGACGGAGGAGCACGCGAAGCUCUUCAUGUACCAGCUGCUCCGCGGGCUCAAGUACAUCCACUCCGCCAAUGUGCUGCACAGGGACCUGAAGCCCGCCAACAUCUUCAUCAGCACAGAGGACCUCGUGCUCAAGAUAGGGGACUUCGGGUUGGCGAGGAUCGUUGAUCAGCAUUAUUCGCACAAGGGUUACCUGUCGGAAGGCUUGGUAACGAAGUGGUACCGGUCACCACGCCUGCUCCUCUCCCCGAACAACUACACCAAAGCCAUCGACAUGUGGGCUGCUGGCUGCAUCCUGGCCGAGAUGCUCACCGGGAGGAUGCUCUUUGCAGGGGCUCACGAGCUGGAGCAGAUGCAGCUCAUACUAGAGACCAUCCCUGUGAUCCGGGAGGAGGACAAGGACGAGCUGCUCAAGGUGAUGCCUUCCUUCAUCAGCAGCACCUGGGAGGUGAAGCGGCCCCUACGCAAGCUGCUCCCUGAAGUGAACAGUGAAGCCAUCGACUUUCUGGAGAAGAUCCUGACCUUUAACCCCAUGGAUCGCCUAACAGCUGAGAUGGGGCUGCAGCACCCCUACAUGAGCCCAUACUCAUGCCCUGAGGAUGAGCCCACCUCACAGCACCCCUUCCGCAUUGAGGAUGAGAUUGACGACAUCCUGCUGAUGGCUGCCAACCAGAGCCAGCUCUCCAACUGGGACAGGUACCCUGUGAGCCUGUCAUCCGACCUGGAGUGGCGGCCUGACCGGGGCCAGGACGCGAGCGAGGCCCAGCGGGACCCGCGCGCGGGCUCGGCGCCGCUGGCCGAGGACGUGCAGGUGGACCCGCGCAAGGACUCGCAGAGCAGCUCGGAGCGCUUCCUGGAGCAGUCGCACUCGUCCAUGGAGCGCGCCUUCGAGACCGACUACGGCCGCUCCUGCGACUACAAGGUGGGCUCGCCGUCCUACCUGGACAAACUGCUGUGGCGCGACAACAAGCCGCACCACUACUCGGAGCCCAAGCUCAUCCUGGACCUGUCGCACUGGAAACAGGCGGCCGGCGCGCCCCCGACCGCCGCCGUGGGCGCGGGAGCCGGGGCGCGCGACGACGAGCCGGCCAGCCUCUUCCUGGAGAUCGCGCAGUGGGUCAAGAGCACGCAGGGCGGCCCGGAGCGCGCCAGCCCGCCCCCGGCGGUGCCCGAGGGCCGCCUGCCUGCCUCCCCACCUGGCCUCCCCGCCGCCCACGACAGCGGCGCCAGCCCCCAGUUCGACCUGGACGUGUUCAUCUCCCGCGCCCUGAAGCUUUGCACCAAGCCCGAAGACCUGCCAGACAACAAACUGGGCGACCUCAAUGGCACGUGCAUCUCCGAGCACCCUGGAGAGCUCGUGCAGACGGAGGCCUUCUCCAAAGAAAGAUGGUGAGGGCGGAGGGGGCGCCCCGGCACCCCCCACCCUCUGCAGGAGGCCACCCAGGAGGGCCAGGCCUGGCAGGAGGCGGGAGCCUCCCUGGCACCUCCACCACCCCGGGGGUUAGCAGGACACAGGAAGGAUCGGAGGAGCGAGAGGAAUGUCCAUUUCUUAAUCUGCCUUAAUAACUAGCCUUUAACCUCUGGGAGCGGGAUUAAAUGGGAGCCUAGUUUGGGGGUUGAUCACUUUCCCAGGGAAGAGGAGGACCUUGCGUUUUAUAAGUAGUGGCUGCAGGAAGAAACGUGUCUUGGACGGCAGUCCCAGGCCCUGCCUCGGUGGGUAGAGGCAGAGGAAUCUUGCAGGCAUGGUGUUGAAACCAAGUAGCCCCAAUAGCCUCAUCUGACAGAUGAGGAAAGGGAACCAGAGAAGCAAAGCCCAGCCAGCGUCAGGGCGAGCCUUGACUCCGUCUCCCGCCCCGGCCAGUGUCUGUCCACCAGACAGUCUUCCUCUGCUGGGGUCCCACUGGCUUUUCAGUCGGAAAAGUUAGUCAAGAUGUAUCUUCCCUGUCCAUUACCAUCUGACCCAUGUUACGUUCUUUUAUUCAGAGCGAUGUUUCUUGUAUUCCAAAAUUGGAAACUGAGUCCGUUUCUUUUCCCUAGUCAAGCAUAUUUUUUUCUGGUGCCUCAAGUCCAUAAAUUUUCUCAUUUGCCACGGCCUGGAUUUGCCUCGCUCCUGCAUGAUCUGAAAUCCUUGUUUAGAUCAGAUCAGUUUGGGGUCUGGGGGUAAAAUAACUCAUUCUCCCGGGCCUGUGCACACACCUCCUCCAGAACUCCUUAUGCACUUUCUUGACACAUGCGUAGACACAGACACAGCCCUCGUUCCCAAGGGAUGUCAUAUAUGGGUGAAUUUGAAGAUAGCAAGUCCAUGAAUCCCUCCAGAGCCCCCCGCCCCCCUCAAUGAGGUACUCGCCAUAGAGCAAAUAGGUUAGGAGAGAAGAUGUCAGAUGGGUCCUCUCAGGCUUCAUGAAUACUGCCCUUCAUUUUGAUCAUCCAUUUAGCCCUGGCAAAGAGCAGGCCCUAAAGAAGUGCACUGGAAGGCAAGUGGCCUGGGGACAAGGAAUCGAGAAAGGUAGGAAGGUGUGAAAGGUGGGGCGUCAACAGUGAGGGCACUCAGGGGUCAGGCAGCAGCAUGGAGACCUCAGGACAAAGGAAGGGACCCCCAGCAACCACGCCCCUCCUAGCUUAGGCCAGGAUGAGUUUGGAGCAUGCAAACCCAGAGGUGCACCGGCACACAGAGCCUCGGUGAUGGUGUGUGGGCACAGCAGCCCCUCUGUAGAAGCAUAGUCCAGGCCCCUGGAAUGCUGUGCCAUUUCCAUCACUGGUGUUCAGCUCCCCCCACCCUCUCCCCUCAACAUGCCCAAAGAUACCCACAGGAAGUCUAGCCACUCUAAGCAGAGGAUCCUUCAUCUUGGUCUUGGCUGUGUUCACCUUCACCUCAACAGCACCUUAAAUCUAAUGAGCUAACUAGCAUUUGUACAUUGAAACCUGCAACAUAGUAGACACUUAUAUUUAAAAACAGAAUUAAUCACACUGACCAAUUUUUAAAUGGAAACUAUGUAAAUAUGAAGUAUUUGGUUUUGUCUUUAUUUUAAAGAAAAGGACAUGUAUACUGCUCAUGUGCCGUUUGUCCUCAGAUGGCGGCUUUACAUUUUUGGUAAAGGAACAAGCUGCUGACCUUGACCGAAGUUCAUAUAUAAUUGUUAUUACAGAGGAAUUGUUAUUACUACUCAUGUUUUAAAAAAAAUCUAUUAAGCAUUAUUAAACUUGAUCAGG